UGCUGCUACUCUCCGCCCGCAGCAGGCAAACCAUUACGCAUCUAAUCAGCGCAGUAUUUUAAGCUUACUCUCCAGGCAACAUCUCUGCAAAAACCUUGCAAGCUGGUGAGAGACGUCUGCUCCGGACCCUGAGGAGUCUGGAGUCCUUCCCAGCGAAUUGUCUCUCACCCUGCGGAGCACGCCAGCUCAAUUACUGGAGAACGAGAUUGGUCCUUGCCACCGCCCUCCCCUCCUGUCUUCAGUAGGAGCCGGGAAGAGGAGAUCUGCUUCAGUGCGCACGGGAGUGACCAAGUGCAACUGGCUACCGGAGCAGCGACCUGGACUCGGGUCCUUUCCUCCACCCGCGGAUACACCCGGGCCGUGCGCCCUAAGCAAAGGCGCUGGACCAUCCCGGCAGGGCUCGCGGGUGACAUCACUCCUGAAGAUACCCGCUCUCUAGUCCUUGCCUUCACAAAGCCUCUAUCAGUGUGUUUGUGGGUCUCUGGAGAGGGCUUCCUGGGGAGAGAGGACCAACCAGACCAGAGGAGGCAAAAGAGUAGCGGGAAGUGAAGGAGUACCCCAGAGGACAGCGACAUGAAAUUCAACGCUGCACACUACCUGCUGCCCCUUCUGCCUGCACUCGUCUUCAGCACCAGACAGGACUACGAGGAGCUAGAGAAGCAGCUGAAGAAAGUGUUUAAGGAGCGCAGCACAGUCCUGCGGCAGCUGACAAAGACAUCCCAAGAGCUGGAUGGGAUCAAAGUCAACCUUCAGUAUUUGAAAAAUGAUGAGCAAUCUUCCAAAACCGAUGUUCAGAAGCUUCUGGAGUUAGGCCAGAAGCAAAGGGAAGAAAUGAAGUCUCUCCAGGAGGCCCUGCAGAAUCAGCUUAAAGAGACAUCUGAGAAAGCAGAGAAACAUCAGGCUACGAUUAAUUUUUUGAAGACUGAAGUGGAAAGAAAGAGCAAAAUGAUUCGUGACCUACAGAAUGAGAAUAAAAGCUUGAAGAACAAAUUGUUGUCUGGAAGCAAGCUGUGUGGGAUGCAUGCAGAAGAGUCAAAAAAAAUCCAAGCCCAACUGAAGGAGCUCCGUUAUGGGAAGAAAGAUUUGUUAUUUAAGGCCCAACAGCUCACUAAACUGGAACAGAAGUUAGCUGUCGCCAAAAAUGAACUUGAGAAAGCAGCUCUCGACAGGGAAUCCCAGAUAAAAGCAAUGAAAGAGACUGUACAACUCUGCUUGACGUCAGUUUUCCGUGAUCAGCCUCCCCCUCUCAGUCUCCUCCCAUCAAAUCCAUCACAGAUGUUGCAUCCGCCCAGAACAAUUGCUUCCAAGAUUCCAGAUUCGAGGACAAAAAGCAAGUCACAGAAAAGUUCUCCAGGAAACCAUGAGAGCUCCCAAGUUCAGUCAACAAAGGAAGAGACAAGAACCUCUGUGUGUGGUCCUCAAGAUGAGGAUAUUCCUUGCUUGGUGAAGCAUGAGGAGGGUCCCCAAAGAAACCUCACUGCAGAAUCAGAGCCUGCAACACAGAAAUUGCAAAUGUCUCCUUGUCCUGAAUGUGAGGAGAAAACAGACCCAGAGAAACAACCAGCUGGUUUUUAUGGUACUCCAGCUAAAGAAGAAAAAAUACUGUAAAACUGGAGGCACCGAGUCUGGAGCUUCUCUUUCCUGCCAUCUAAUGUUUCUAGAGUACAGGCUUGAUGGGAACACCAUGUUUCUAAAGCAUGCAACGUUUUUCAAAAUUUUAUGUAACUUUAUAAAGUGGACUACACAAUUUCCAAGAGUUUCCAGGCCAAUUGUGAACUUUAGCAAUAAUCAAAUGGAAAGGAUUUCUUCAGUUAUACAUAUCUAAUUGUCUUCCUUAAAAUUACCCAACUAAACUGAUCCCUUUGGAGCUAAAACACAACCUGAGCAUUUCUUGGUCUUUGUGUGGUUAUGUAGUGCUUCUGAAGUCUGGUUGCUAACAUCAGCUAUAGGAUGCACAAAUUUAAGUCCUUGGUCUUUGUAAAUUCAAGUUGCACACAUAUGAAGGUUUUGGUCCACAGCGGCUGCCUGGUGUCAUUUCUCCAAAGUUGGAAUUUGCAGACAAGAAUACAUUAUUUUAAAUAUUUAUUGCUUCACUCCUUACAUUGACUUAAUAACCAUUUGAUAUAAAUUAUGCCCAGUUAAUUCUGUCAAUAAUAGGUUAGUUACUAGAAUUCAUUAGUUAGAUUUAAUAUGAUAUACAUACAGAGUUUUGGUUUUUUGUUGUUUUGUAGAAUGAAUUAUAGAUAUCUUUAAUACCAUUUUUUAAAUUUAAGGCAUUUUUAUGCAUGUAUGCUGAUAUUGUUUCAAGAUGUGAAUCAAGGUGUCUGAAGGAUCAGUAUUAUUUUUUCUGAUGUUAGAUGAUAAAAUGUAAGGGGGGGGAAAUUCUAAAAUAGUACAGGCAAGGUGUCCAAAGUUAUUUUAGAAUGGACAUUUGAUGAAUAAAAAAUAUGACAGAAUCAUUUUAGAAAAACAAUGGGGUUUUAGCUUGAAGAUAGGAUUCUAUGAGAAUAUUACUGAUUGAAAAAGCCAGGCUCAUCAUAACUAGAGCAUAACUCAGAAUCAAGAAAAUGAUAUAUAAAUGAUAACCUACUCAAGAUCCCACUUGGCAGAUAAAAAUGAACCACGAGAUGAAGUCGGGGAGUCCACACUGACUGAGUGACUGCAUUCACUCCUGUUGAAUAAACACAUUUUGAAAGUUCAGAAAAAAUGAUAAAACCAUUAGCAGAGAAAGGAAUAUCACCAUACAUAAUUCUACAUGCAGAGUAGUGUUGUAGAUUUUAUCAGUAUUUUCACUCUUUUAAAAACAAAAAUACAUAAUUCUACAAGUGGCCCAUGAAUCUUUAGAUGAACUGACCAAGAUGAAAUAUACAAUCAGGAGGCUAAAUUUCUACUCAUUGCAUCUCUUGUUCCAUCCCACUCCACCCCAGUUUCACCAAAUAUUAGAUUUUAUUGAUAGAAUAAUGGGCUUAUAGUUUUCUAUUUCUUUUUCCUUUUUAAGGAAAAUCUCAUAUGUGUCAAGUUAGACUCACUUACUACAAAGUAGAGGGUAACCGCGAACCCUGUAUCCUCCUGCCUCCGCCUCUCAAGUGCUGGAGUUUCAGCCACUCAACACCACUAUAGUGAUGAAAAGAAAAUGGCUUCAGUUUUAAUUUAGGAUUGCUUUUCAUCUCCUGUCUAGGUCACUAACAUCCCGCCUCAUCUCUGGGGGAUGUUAGUUACAUGUUCUGCCUAGUAUGCAGGUUGUGAAAUCCCUGACCCCUUGGAGGAAUAACAAGUUUGAGCAACCUUGUUUUCCAGUUGUAUAUCUCCUUUGCUUUGACUUUCUGUUCUAGAAUGUCAUAAUAUAAUCAGUUUGCUUUUCUUAACUCUUGGAUAAGACAGGUUUGAGUCAAAUGGUAAAACUUCCUCCGAAAAUGUGUGUGAUCACUUGUACCUACAAGUUGUCUCAGUCUAUCUGUCAAAGUACUUACUCCUAUAUUUGAAAGAAACAGGAGGGGGUUUUUGGAACAAUUUUUAAGGAACACUGUGAAAGCUCUUUUAAUAACUUGAUAGGGUUGCUUUUAGUAUGAUUUGUGGUUAUUCUUUAAUGUGUUUUGUCUCUCUUUGCCCUUUCCUUGCUUUGAGACUGGACCAGAGAUGUUUAGAAUAUUUUCCCUACCCAUGUGCGUACAUUAUAGAAGAGAUGCCCAUCUCCUACUCUUCUGAACUAUCAUCAUUAUGCUAGACAUUAUUUUGAAUAUGACUAUUUAGACACUGGUCAUUAUCAAAUGGAAAAAAUAUUAUCCAAUAUAUUGAGAAUACAUGGUGAGAUUCUGUUAAAUACCUUGCAAGGUUAAGUGAAGAAAUACAACUUUAGAUUUCACAUCUGAGUAUUAAAUCACUGUUGAGGACCCCCCUGUACUUUCUAAUGGAAUACUAAAUUUAAUGUGUCCUUCCACAACUAAGAACAAUUUUCUCUAUUUUAUAUUAUAACAUAAUAAUUCAAUUUAAAGUGUGAAUCAAGCAUAGUGCAUUCAUUUGUAAAUUAGAAAACUUUUUGAAUUUUGUCUUUCUUUGUCUGUACAUAAACUAUGUUGAUUAAACUAGUGCCUAUGACCUGUGAGUCCUGAAUGAGCACUGACCGUGUUGAAUAGGACAUGCCCAGAAGAGGACGGUGUCAGUCACUCAUCUGGAUAAAGAUUUUCUUCACAGUUUCAAAUAUCUGAACACUGAAAAUACCAGCAUCUGACUUUGCUUUUGUCUUUGAGGAGCUAAUCAGCAAGUUACUCCCAUGCUGUUUUGUAAAACACACCAAAUUACAAGCUCAAUCCAGUUUUCUUUACUGUUGUUUUGUUUUUCAUGGAGCAGAUGUUUGCUGCCUUAGACGGACAAGGUGUCCAGCUAGACUGAAAUUAAAUCUGUGAAUUUGCUACAAGGGAAUCUUUUAUUUUUAUAGCUCAGGUAAUGCAAUUAGCACUGACUGCACCAGAGGUGAGAAUAAUAAUUGACACACUAGAGUAGGGAGAGCUGGCAGAGUAAUGAACAUGAUGCUUGUUUACAUAGGGGACUGUACUAUUGCAAGGUCUAUAUCCCCAAGCUAUGUAUUCAUCUGGACUGUGUCACGUAUUAUUAGUGGUCAAGUAUUGAAAAAUAAAAAAGUGCUGGAAAGUAGCCUAUUUUUCUCCAAUAAAAAUUUGUUACAAAGCUGA